CACAAAUAUGAACAAACUUUCCUUUCUCUUUUAAAUAUUAUAUUUUAAUUGCAAACUACUGACAAAAUGGAUCAAUUCGAAAGAGAUGAGUUUGGAAUGAUUACACAUAAAGAAUAUUUAAAGCUUCGUAAACAAUACGCGAAAGCCGGUGAACGUAAGAAGAGAAAAAUCGAACAAUUGCUCCGGAGCAUGUGUAAACCUGCAGUUGAACAACAACAACAACAACAACAACAACAACAGCAAGCAGUAGUUGAUGUAAAUGUUGCAGCAUCUGCACCAUCUGUAGUAGUUGAAGGGUAUGAUAGUCCUGAUUUAGGCACGGAAUACGAUCCAAACGCCGAUGCUUAUCUCACUGAUUAUCAACUGGAGGAUGACCUCCAAGCUGAACAAAUUGCUGCAAACAUGCAACAAUAUGUUCCGUUGGAAUCUCCACCUGAUGAACCCACACAGUCAACCAUGCCCCGUUUAAAUUACCAAGCCUUGUGGGGGCAGUUUGGUAAAGAACCUUUAACGCGGUAUCUUGCGUCUAUGGCUUUGCAUGAAGAAGCAAAAGGUCGUAACAGUUUAUUUGUUCAAUUGUAA